AACCUACGUGAUGUGUGUGUGGCCCAAAACCACGGCGCGGCUGCGGUGCUUGGUCCAUCUGCACGAGCAUCUGCCAGCGUUGUGUCCGCAGAAGUCCAAUUCUGUGCAGCGGCUGCCACAAAAUGCUUUUCGGUGACCUUUUCCAAAAUCUAAAAAAUUUAAAGAAAUUCAAAUGAAACUCCUACACAAAAAUGUGGAUAAGGAUGGUGGGGGGACUGUUACACUUGUCCCUGAGGAGCCUGAGGAUAUGUGGCAUGCCUACAACCUCAUCAGUGAGGGGGACUCUGUCCGGGCAUCCACUAUUCGCAAGGUUCAAAAUGAGUCUGCAACAGGAUCGUCAACAAGUAAUCGUGUACGCACCACUUUAACAAUCCAAGUGGAGACAAUUGAGUAUGAUGUACAGGGUUGCAUGCUGCGGUUAAAAGGAAGGAAUGUGGAAGAAAACCAGUAUGUCAAGAUGGGUGCAUACCACACUCUGGACUUAGAACAAAAUAGAAAAUUUAUUCUGGGAAAACCAGAAUGGGACUCAGUUGCCAUGGAGCGUGUAGAUAUGGCAUGUGAUCCUACCAAGAACACUGAUCUGGCAGCUGUCAUCAUGCAAGAAGGUCUUGCACACAUUUGCCUGAUUAUGGCCUCUAUGACAUUAGUAAGGGCUAAAAUAGAGCAAGUCAUACCAAGAAAAAGGAAAGGGAAUGUACAGCAGCAUGAAAAGGGCUUAGCCAAGUUUUUUGAAAGUGUUGUUCAAGGCAUUUUAAGGCACGUUGAUUUUAAUGUUGUGAAAUGUGUUAUAAUUGCAAGCCCUGGAUUUGUCAGAGAUGCCUUUUUUGAGUACAUGAUGCAGCAAGCUGUGAAGACAGAUAACAAACUUCUCUUGGACAAUAAAGGCAAAUUCCUAUUAAUUCAUUCCUCAAGUGGGUUCAAACACUCCCUGAAAGAGGUCCUUGCUGAUCCCAGUGUUGUCGCUAAAGUAUCAGAUACCAAGGCCAUGGGUGAAGUAAGGGCUCUUGAGCAGUUUUAUACAAUGCUGCAGGUCGAACCUGCCAAAGCCUUUUAUGGCUUCAAACAUAUCCAAAGAGCCAAUGAGGCACAGGCCAUUGAGACACUUUUGAUAUCUGACAAUCUCUUUAGAUGCCAAGAUGUUAAGGAAAGAAAGCAGUAUGUGGCUCUUGUAGAUAGUGUUAGGGACAGUAGUGGUGAUGUAAAGAUAUUUUCCAGUCUGCAUGUAACAGGUGAACAACUCGCUCAAUUGACUGGUAUUGCUGCAUUGCUAAGAUUCCCUAUGCCUGAGUUAGAAGACGAUGAAAGUGAUGCAGACGAAUGACUACAUAUUAAAUACAUGACAUCAAGAUCAUUUGUGGAAAUACUAUCAGGAGAAAUCUCACUGUACAGCCCUUGUCCGAAGUGAUUGUUAUUUAUCUGGGUCCAACAAUUAUUUAUUGUUAAACUGUCAAUGAAAUUGGUUAGAUAAUAACUGUAAAGAAUUAUAAUAAAAAAAAUUCUGACAACAA